AUGCUCUCCUCCUUCGCGAUCCUCCUAAUCGUCAUCGCCGGCGGCGUCCUCCUCGGCUGUCUAAUCUGGGUAAUCCACCUAAACCUCCGCGCCAGAAGACUAGGUCUCCCCUCCCCGCCAUUAAUCGCCUACUUCCGUCCGCCAUCCUCGAACCCCGUCUACCAAUCCACGGGUCCCCGUAGUAGUAAUCGUCACAAACUCUCCUCCCAAAACCCUAACGGUGGGAAUGGGAAUAAUGGUAAAUUCUUGGGUAUAUUCGGCAAGAAGAAGGCGAAUUCGAGGGGAGAGUUUGGACCUUUAGGAGAGGAUGAGGGGGCUUGGGAUUCUAGGGGUUAUGGAGGUUAUUAUGAGGAAGAUGCUGAGAUGGGGUUGAGGGUUGAUACGAAUACUUCGAGGCAUAAUAAUAAUAAUAAUAAGAAUAAUGGGAAUAAUUCUGGUGGAGGAAGAGGUGGAAGGUGGGAUGAAGAGGAUGAUAGUCCACCCAGAGGAAGAAGUAGGAGUAGAAGUCCAAGACCUGGAUACAAUAUUGCGGCGAAUAGAGGACCGGCUAGUGGAGCUGCUAAGGGGAAUAAUCCAUUUGGAGAUGAGAAUAAAGUCAGGAGGAGUACGGAUACAGGGAGGAGUAGUGUUUUCACCGAAGAGACAUUUUAA